UUUACCAUUUAAAAGUUACUUACUCUGAAAUUUGAGCUCAUGGGUUGUGAAAACAACUAUUUGUCUAGUAUCAAAAAAUUGCAACCGUGAAAACUUAUCAAUAUACAACAUGUAAACAAUGAAAACUGCUGAACGGUUUGAAAAUCAGGAAUAUUGCGACUCAUGUAUGUUGAGCUAUCUCUCUUCAAAGUACUGGGUACAAGCUGUCAUCCAAGAAAAAGCUGUCACUGACUUUACGUAAUCGCUAACUGUUUAGUCUUCGUUUUGAGCUUGUAGAAAAAAAAUGCAAUGAAAAUUUGGUGUUUAUCGUCUUUAUUGUUGAAGGCUCAACUGCAUUUUUAUCGCUCCAAAUGUAAAUCAAAUGAUCAAGGGGUGUGAUUUCAGGUUUAUCAGCCGUGGCCCAAAAACUUGCAGACCACAGAUACCCAAUCCCAAAACAGCAAAAAAUCAGUUGGAUUAAAUGAUGUUUUGUUCUUUUUUUUGUCUCUGUUACUUUCAUAGAGAGGUUAUUUUCUCGUGAAAAGUGAAAUUGCAUAUAUCGAUCGGUAAUUGGUACAGAGAACAUGAAAGAGCAGAAUACAUUAAACAGUGAUUAGUAUUAGGCCCUAGGCACUUUGGGGCGAAGCCGGUUAUCUGCAAAAUGUAAAUAAUGCAGAAAAUUGGCAAAAAUCAACAAAGAUACCUACUGAAAAGACGCAGAUUUCGCGUAUUUUGCCCCUUGCUGGCAACACCGGCGGUAUGGGCCGUCGACUUGCGUGUCUAUCCGAGAGUGCCGUGGUCGAGGGCCGGCAUGUAUCGAGCGCCGCGUGCCGAACUCCUUUCCCCAUUGGCCCGAGCAGCACCUGCUCCGGAUUGGCAUGUCGGUGGUGGGGCGCCAUUACUCUCUAGUACCGUGAAUGAGGCAUAGAGGGCUAUAGACUGAACAUACAUGGGUCAUAAAGGAUUCGAAGAAGUAGAGGAGAAGGACGCGUAAGAAAUACUCCGCAACAUUACCGAAAGUGGCCGGUGGCAGUAAUCGUAAACCUUGUGCGGUGCAAUUGGACUAUGGUAAAGAGUGCGCGACGGUUAAGUGACGGGGACCAGCAAUGAGUUCCAAAUUGAUCUUCGAUAGCAUGCUACCCAAGUACCACCAGCAAUUCCACCAUCAACAAUUGUUUCCAAGUCCCGUCAGCACAGCCUCGAUCGAAGCCAGCCUCGCAUCCGUCGUCAACUACAGCUCCUCCGGCUCCCCCAGUGGAUCUUCUCCUCAGCACUCGAGCAGCAGCGCGUCCUCCACGUCGCCCGCCUCCAGGAUGUACCCCUACGUAUCUGCGGCAACCGCAGCAGCCCAUCACCAUCAUCAGCAGCAAGCCGUAGCUGCGGCAGCUUUCGGAGCCGCCGCCGCUUCAGGGGGCAUGGUUGCCGGAGGAUUUCCGUCGAGCGCCAGCACUGCAGCCUUAGCCGCCGCCGCAGCAGUAGACGCCGCCGCCGACAAGUCCUGCAGAUACACAGCGGGCCUCACCGGAAACGUGGCUCCUUCCGACUCCAUGGUCAAUUACACUUUGGGGCACCAUCACCAGAAUGGGGCAGCCGUUUCGGCGGCUGCAAGCUCGGUGAGUGCCGCGUCGGCUUCCAUGGCGGCGGCGGCGCAAUUUUACCAUCAGGCAGCCAGUGCUGUCGUGGAUCCGUUGAAUUCCUGCUCACAGAAUACUGCUCCCGGCGGACAACCAAUUCCAGAUAUUCCCAGAUAUCCCUGGAUGUCGAUCACAGACUGGAUGAGUCCCUUUGACCGGGUCGUCUGUGCUGCACCGCUUGUCCACGUUUCUCAUCCAUAUAGCGGAAUGAUGAUUGAUACCGUUGACGAAAAAGGAAAGAAAUGCGGUAAUGCGGCAGAAUAA